CGUACAUAUGUGUGUAAAUACUAUUGCUUGAUUAGCAAACUGCAUUAAUAUUUUGAUGCUGAAUGCUUAAAAGUUGUUAUCAAAAUGCAUGUAAAACAAGCAAAUGUAUCUUAUAUUUAUCAAAGGCUGAGAUGAAUGCCAUUUUGCAAACAAACCAGUAGGGCUGGCUACAAGAUGUUCCAAUACAUAUUUAAAUUCACACAUAGCCCUCACUAAAAUCGGCACUUGCCACUUACAACGACUCCCACUCCACGGUAUCCUGGAAUGUCCAGUAUGGGUAGAGGUAACAGAAAUAGUAGCAAUGGGUCAACACUACCUGCCCGUCAUCGUCAGGCAAUGCCCGACGUCGAUGAGGGCUCCGCAUACGCCCAUCCAUCUCACACUGCAGAAUACAGCAUGAAUGGAACCUCGUAUUUUCCACAUCCCUGCGGGUACCAUGGUGCGAAUGUCGACGAUCAACCCGAAAAUUAUGAUAGCAGCAACAGCCGUCAAGGAACGCAGAUAGAGCCAGUCUCCAGGUUUGGAGGCGCCAAGAGACCAUCCAUCUCUUCUACUCGGGUACCUUCCAACCCGAUACAUUCUAUGCCUAGAAGUAAGACUAGUAUCAGUGCAGAGUUGAAAAUAUCUCUCGCAGCAAAACAAUUGGCGACCCAGACCAGCGAAAGUAAACGAUUUUGGAUCACAUUUCAAGAAAUGUUUGACAAAGACGUAGCCGGGAUCAAGCAUUACAUCAGCGACAGUAUUCUUCAACAGAUCUGGCAAAAGAAGAUCGAGCACAAUGACAAGUGCAAGAAUGGCGACAACCACGAUGGCGAACAAUUCAGUAUGCAGCAGAUGAAGCUGGAAGCAUGCUUGGAACAACUCGACGAAGCUACAAAAGCAUUCAAGCGAUCUCAGCAACUAGACGACCCCCUCGAUCACGACCCUCGCCGCCUUGCUCUAGAAAAAGUUCGUGCAGCUGGCGAUCUCGUUCUCGGGUUGGCUACAAAGGCCGUGGCCAAUAUUGCCGCGUGUGCAGAUCUGGUGACGGAAGCAUCCAGUCUCGAGAAGCUCGUGGACCCGAUGAGCAGUGAAUCCAAAGUACUACAUCAGCUUGGUAGGCGGGAGACCGGAAAUGCCAUGCCUGCAGGCGAGUGUUUAGAUCCAAUCUCGACUGAAAGGGAACCUUCAGAAGUGCAGGAUAUGUUCCUUGAUGAACUUUAAUGUUGAGGUAAAGGUAAAUAGGAAACCGGCAAGUGGUUGGAAUUGAUGUGCUGCUGAGUCUACGAGGUAUUGUCGCUUCGAGUACUCGGUAGGGAUUAGGAGAUGUAUCAUUAGCAGUAUCCUUGACUUAGCAAGAGGAUGAGAAUAUAGGUUAAAUUAUAAUAGCACUCACCUAAAAAGAAAAAAGGGUGAAGCAUCGUCCUCAUCAGAGUAAUCGGAAUCGAAUUGUAGAUGUUCCAUCUCUCCUAAGAGAAAUAGACCACCCACGCUGCGUAUCGCACUUAAGUGUUCUCACACACAAUCUUCGCAACGGCUCUCCCAUAGGAACCCAACUCCCUCAUCUUCUUCUUGCGAAUAUGCAUAAGGUGAAGGGCCCUGCUUCUCUGAUGCCAAUAUUGCAGACGUGUGAAACCAUCACGCCAGACCCUUACGGGUAGACCUGUCAAUCCCACACAGGGCGGGCGACUAAGGUGGUAAUGAAGAUUACUCCGAAUUUCUCAUGAGCAAAGAAAGCCAAUCUAAACUCAGUAAAGAUUUCUCUAUAAAGAAUUUAGAUUGUGGAGAUAAAAGCUUGCGCAGUAUCUCUGUUUGUAGCUCAGAAACGCAGCGUUGAUGAGGACGAUGCUUGAGGAGAAAAGAGAAAAG